AUGGCGUUCCGCUCUACACUCCUGCGCAUAGCUUUCAAAGGACAGCCAACUCGUCAUCUCCAUGAGUUGAGAAAGAAGGAGCGUCUUGGAGUAACUCAGCUUCGUGAAAUUCUAGAAGACAGACUUCAAGAUAUUAGGCGUGCUAAAACCUGGAAAUAUGAAAGGAUAAUCACGUCACCUCAGGAUACAAAGGUCAAGGUGCAAGGAGCUGAAGGAGAGUUUUUAAAUUUUUGCGCCAAUAAUUACUUGGGAUUAGCUAAUCACCCUGAAGUUGUUAAAGCCUCUCAAGAAGCAUUAAGCAAGUUUGGCGCAGGACUUAGUUCUGUUCGAUUUAUUUGUGGAACACAAACAAUACAUAAGGAACUAGAAAAUCGUUUGGCAAAAUUUCAUGAACGUGAAGAUGUAAUACUUUAUGCAUCUUGUUUUGACGCUAAUGCGGGUUUGUUUGAAGCUCUACUAACAGCAAAGGACGCAGUUUUCUCUGACGCAUUAAAUCAUGCCUCUAUUAUCGAUGGUAUUAGACUGUCUAAGGCUCAAAAGUUCAGAUUUCCACAUCGAGAUUUGAAAGAGUUAGAACAUUUAUUAGCUCAUAGUGAAUCUCGAAUAAAAUUAAUAGUAACGGACGGUGUUUUCUCGAUGGACGGUAAUAUUGCGCCGAUACAAGGGUUGCGCGAUUUGGCCGACAAGUAUAGAGCAUUGUUGGCAAUUGACGACAGCCAUGCUUCUGGAUUCUUUGGUGAAACUGGCAGAGGAACAGAAGAGUACUGUGGUGCGUUUGGCGCUGUCGAUAUUGUAAUCUCCACAUUGGGCAAGGCGGUGGGCGGCGCCGCGGGCGGGUAUAUAGCGGGCCCUAAAGAACUUAUUGCCUUGUUACGAAAUGUAUCGCGACCAUAUUUGUUUUCAAACUCCCCUCCGCCUGCUGUUGUUGCUGCUUGUUUAAAGUCUUUAGAUAUAGUAGAAAACAGCAAUGAACUCAGGCAACGUCUGCGCGAGAAUACCAGGGUUUUCCGCGAGGGUAUGAAAAAGGUCGGUUUCACCGUAGCGGGUGAGGAUCAUCCAAUAUGUCCAGUCAUGGUGUGGGACGCUCCGAUGGCUAUGGAACUCGCUUCUGGGAUGUUGGAGCGGGGUAUUUACGUGGUAGCAUUCAGCUACCCGGUGGUGCCGAAGAACGAAGCGCGUGUACGAGUGCAGUUAAGCGCCGCGCACACUCUAGACGACGUAGACCGAGCUAUAAGCGCUUUUGCCGAAAUCGGAAAACGUGUGGGACUUGUUAAA